AUGAUUGAAAAAAUGGUUGAAUAAUUAGUACUUGAUUAAAAAAACGCGUAUUCGCGCAUGCGCACUUACUUCAAAAUACAGGAAUUGUGGAAAUAAAUUGAUACAUGCAUCGUGAUCUGCAUCGUGAUUAUUUCGAGAUUAUUUUGAGGUUAAGCUCCGUUAGCAAUAAUUAAUAUUACAUGCCUUCACACGUAACGGCGUGGUAUAAUGGCGACGCCAACAAAUAGCAAUGGUAAUCUUGUUGACGAAUUUGAAGAAGCAUUUCAGCAAUGUUUGGGUGUACUGACAAAAGACGAGGGAUUAGCCACCAGCGGAUCUGGUAUAUCUGGUUUGACAAUGGAUAAGGAUGAAGGCCGAGUGGAAAUGGAGCAAGCUACCAUGAGAUUCAUAGACCUGGCCAGGCAGAUGGAGGCUUUCUUUUUGCAAAAGAGAUUCCUGCUGUCUGCCCUAAAGCCCGAGCUGGUAGUCAAGGAAGAGAUCAAUGAGUUAAAAUUGGAGUUGGCCCGUAAAGAAGAGCUCAUAAAAAGGCACAACGAAAAAAUUGCUGUCUGGCAGAAUAUGUUGUCAGACUUACAAGGAUGGGCACAAUCUCCCGCUCAAGGUCCAGCGCCCAAUGGAUUACCAAGUGGAAAUCAAAGUGGACAGAACCAGCAAGCCACGGGCGGUGGUGGUAACGCCACGAUGCAGCAGCAACAGCAGAUGCUGCAGCAUCAGCAACAGUUACAGCAACAAUUGCAACAGCAGCAGCAGCAGCAUCCACAGCUGCAGCAGCAAUUGCAACAACAUCCCCUGCAACAACAGGUGCAACAAGGCUCUGGUGGCCCGCCGACAUCGGGUCUGCAGGGAGUCGGUGUAUCGGUCAGCCAGCAGGGCAUGUUUAUGGCACAGGGCGGCGUCGGUGCCAGAGCUGCCGGAUUCCCGGUAGGUGCUGUAGGCAGUAGUGCUCUUCAGGGACCCCUCGCCUUCCUGGAAAAGACAACGAGCAACAUAGGGAUGCCAGAGAGGCGGAGUUGACGCGGAAGGGGGAGGGGCCGGGGCCGGGGUCGUGGAAGAGGACGAGGUAGAGGAAGAGGCGGUGGUGGUAGUGGCCUACCGCCGCCGCCACCGCUUCUCGACCCUUCAGACCCGUCGUCCUACGCUGCUGCCGCCGCAGUCGCAGCCGCUGCGGCGGCGCCCCUUCCCUCUCCACAGCAGCAGCCACCACCUUGCACGUAAAUGUAACAUGUGUGGUUCUAAUUUCCUGAAAGAAGGACAGAGAUCACAUCUCGAGAUCCAGCAGACUGCAGUGUGCUUGUAGGAUCCAUGAUUGAUCUAAAUGUGUUGGUGAUACUAGUGAUGAUGAUGACUGAAACGCAGUGAUAUUACGGCUACAGCAACAGAAUCAAGUACAAUAAAAUGUGUACAAAUGUAGCAUUGAUAACUUGUGAGCUUAACGCUCGCAAACGGCAAUACUUUUAUUGGAACUCAAUUUCGAAUUAGGAUGACAACUGAAUAAACAAUAUGAACGUUGUUACGUGUUGCUCAUAUGCGAGAAAGUGAAUGUCUUGUACUUCUACUUCUGUACUUCGGAGUGGACUGUGAGAUAAGGGUGAGUUUACUAUAUAGCGCGUAAAAUUAUGACAAAGGAAAAUAGGAGAUAGUUUGUAAUGACAGACAGGUUGAAAUGAGAGUGAGCGAGAUGUACAUAAGAAUAUAUGCGAGCAAUAUCUUCCUAUGCAUAGAAAUAAGAAUGCCUCUGUUUCUUCACGCUAUAUGAUAGCUUACGUUUAAUUUUUCAGAAAUUACAUUUUUGUAAUAAAUUGCGUUCAUCGCUUUUGCAGUGCCUUUGAAUCUACCAAUCAAAUGUACUGUUUGUGCGAUAUCAAUCAGAUGUAUAUUAUUUAAUUAAAUUUAAUGUGGAAAAUCAAAAUGCAUGUUGAUCAUAGUAGAUUAGUAUGAGCAUCUGCGUCCUGGAACUUCAGUUAUAAUUAUUUAUUUUAUUUUCACCUAGAAUAGAUGUAUGUCUAACGUGUACUCAGCAAUGCGCGGCGUAAGAUAAUUUUAUAUUAUGUUUUUCAUCUAAUGUUAAUGUGAUAACACACACACACACACACACAAUCAAUUUCAUAUUAAUAAUAAAAUUAAUAAUAAAAUACGUAAAUAUAUUUAUUUAUUUAUCGUAUUAACAGGCGAUUUAUAUAUAUAUUACGCCUCUUAUACACUCACGGAUGCUCAUACUAUUCUUUUAGACUUAAUGAACAUGUAAACAACAAUAUGUAUGCAAUUUUUAUCCUGUACAAUAUUAUAUUUGUAUGCACUAUAGUAUACAUAGAAUUGAUACAAAUAUUAAAGCACGCUUUCCUGUUUUUGUUAUUAGAUACAGUUAGUUUAAAAUCCUCUCAGAUACUCGUAUAAUAAGGCUCUCGAGAAUAUUUAUCAAAAGAAGAAUCGGCUUUACACGUAGUAAGAAGUUUCACUGUACAAAAUUAUCAAGUUGUAUAAAACAUGUUUCUGG